UUGAUUUUGAAGUGAUAUUUCCCUAGCUGCACUUUCCAUGUAACUCCACUCUUUUGGUGUUCUUCCGCCCAGCCCAAGGAUCUACAUUACAUUCUCUGUUUCUGCCUCCUGGCGGAUGAAUCCAUUAUCUUACCAGCGCGACGACGUGUAAAAAAACAUCGAAAAAAAAUCCUAACAGCUUUGCAAUAAUGUUGCCUGUUCAAAAGACAAAACUUCGGUACAGGUAAGCGAGAUAAGAAGUGUUUCGCUUGGACUAACUUUGGGCAUUUGAGUAUGUUUCGUUUCACAGCCUGUUAUCUUUCAGAUAUGGACACAGGUGAUGCUCUCCAUCACCUGUUGGGGUGUGUUAACCUCUGCUGGAGGACUCAUUUCUGCUAGCUUACAGCAGCAUUGACCGUGGUGCAAAAUGACGCCAUAUGGCCUUUAUUUUUGACGUUCUUACAGGUUUUACUAAUGUAAUGGAAAGCGAAAACCAAUUUACAGAGUCAGAUACACCUCCUCAGCAGUGGAAAAGUUGCAAAUUGAUCAUUGACCCUGCCUUAACUAAAGGACUAUACAAAGUGUGUCGCUUUGAUGGACAAUAUUUUAACAUACCCGUUGAGGAUUUAGGUCUGUUUCCUGUGGACACCGUCAGAGAUCCCAGAGUCUGCCGCCUGUGGAGUAAAUACAACAAGACUGAUCUAUUGGUUCCUAAAUAUAAGAUUGAUGAGUGGUACGUUGGGCCUGUACCUCCCAAGGAAGUGACAUUUUGCAGGUUAAAUGAUAAUGUGAGGGAAACAUUCCUCACAAAUAUGUGCCAGAAAUAUGGUAAAGUUGAAGAAGUGGAAAUAUUUUACCAUCCGAAGAACAAGAAGCAUCUGGGCGUUGCGAAGGUCGUCUUUGACACGGUGAGAGCUGCAAAGAACGCCGUGCGGCUCCUUCAUCAGACAUCUGUGAUGGGAAACAUCAUACAUGUGGAAAUCGACUCUAAAGGUGAGAAAAGGACGAGAUAUCUCCAGCUGCUGUUUAACGGCCCAUAUACUCCCUGGACGCUGCCUGUGGGAAGCAGUGAGCGCGCCCUGCAGAGCUUAGUCGACGCCCUGCUGACCAGCACAGCCGCUCAGCAGUCAGGAAACGCCUCCAGCCCUGCCAGCAUUGCCACACCCCUCUCCCUGGACACAGCCUACUCCAGCAUUUGGGGGGACACUCCUUGCAGCCUGGGCCUAACGCCACAAUCUCAGGGAACCCCCCGCACUCCCUGCCUGUCUGCGACUCCUCUCUCCCAGGACUCCUGCUACUCCAGCCUUCAGGCGACUCCGGUCCUCCAGGGAGAGCCCUCCAACCAUAGUCUUCAUAAACAUUUAAGACAAGCUCUUUGCCGUUUCAGACCCGCGAGGCAUCAUAGGGGAUCUCGCCCGCCUUCAAAUGUCAGCCUUCUGUUUAAGAGUAGCCAACUGCAGCCUCUGAACCCGCCCUCGAAUCAGAAGCAGCCCGUAGUGUGGCGUGACGAAGCGAAGUGCUCUGCCUACAAGGAGCCCCCCUGCAGUCCUGCCUCCGGUCUUCAGCAGUCAGAACACACGGGUAGCUCUUCUUCUUCUUCUUCUUCUUCUUCUUCUUCUUCUUCUUCUUCUUCUUCUUCUUCUUCUUCUUCUUCUUCUUCUGUGAUUUCCUCACACAAUGCAGUUAGCAUCCGGAGCAUCCAUUUCACAGCUGACAGUCAAACUGCAGUAAACUUCCCACACAGAAAGCAGCAGCCCGCGGUGGAGAGUUUGGACUCCCGCAUUGAAAGUUUGCUGAUAAACAGUCAGAUUUCCGAUGCUUUAUUUUUGGAUAGGAAAACUUCAAAGACUGAUGAACCCUCUCCCGACAGCCCUGCAUCCAGUCGUUGCUCUCCUAAGUGUGCUUUCUUGGAGGAUUUGCUUUUUUGCUCUCUGUCGCCUAAUGACUCCUCUACCAGCAGCCGCCGUCGCCGCUGCCACGAUGCGGGGAAUAUCAGUCCAUUGACGCUCGUUGAAAACGAAGAGGAUGAAACCAAUCGAGCUGUUUUGUUUCUGGAAGCAAACUCCCAGUCUCCCACUCCCUCUGAGGCUAAACCUUCGGAAAGCAGAGUUCAUGUAGACACUGAAACAUCUCCAUGGAUUUCAUCCUCAGAGGAACAUUGUGCUGUAGAUAAAGAUGUACAUCUUCCACAUACAUUCCAAUCUGGAUCUCUGCCACCAGCAAAAGACACAUCCUCAUUCCCUAAAUCUCCCUCUGCAGCUUCUAAUCCCACUCCACCCAGUCUCCCCAUAGCUCCUCCUGCAGUUUCAGUCGGAUGUUCACAUCCUCCACAAGCCUCUUUCCCUGUCCCUCCCUUCCCUCCACCUCUGCCUCCUGUCCCUCCUCGCCUACCGAAUGGCACUAUCCCUAUCCCACCUCCAGGCUGGAUCCCACCUCAGGGCAUCCCCAUCCCACCUCCUCCUAUCCAACCUCCUCCUUCCAUUGCUCCUCCCCUGCCAACCUUUCUGGUUCCUCCUCCACCUUUACCUGGACCGCUACCUGUUCCACCUCCUUUGCCUAUAUACUCUGUACCUGUGCAGCCCGUAGCACCAUUACCUCCGAGGCUCGGGGGCGCACCACCUUUCCCGUUCCCUCGACCUCCCUGGUUCGCCCCGCCUUUUCCCUCUUUUAACCCCUUCGUGCCACCACCAAACUACAGUCCUGCACAGGAACACCGCCAUAAGAUAACAGUGGAGAAGGUUUUAGACAUUCUCAUGGAUGAGCUGAAAUCCAUCAUCAGGAAAGACAUCACUCGGAGAACGAUUGAAGGAGUGGCUUUUAGGGCGUUUGAGGAAUGGUGGGACUGUCAAGAGAAGAAAAAGGUCCAAGUUUCUCCCGUGAAAAGCGGAGCACCAGGCGUCAUGAAUCUCCUCAGCCACAUUAGUGAGAAGGGCAAGAAACCUCCUCUGCCUUCAUUCAGGGUAAAAAGAAAACGAUCAGAGGAAACAGAAAACGAGUCCAGUUCUGCCCAGAAAGCUUUAAAGCUGCAGCAGGAGGAUGAUGAUGUGGAGAAAUCAAACGCAGCCAAACGGAGACAUGCCAGACCUCUGGAGCUGGACAGCGAUGAUGAAGAGAAGGAAGAAGACAGUACACAUAACGAUAACCACCAGAUGUCAGACCAAGUAGAGGCUAUUAUCCCAGUUCUUAUGUCUGACAGAGAUGAUGGAGAUGAAGUUGGUCAGCGAUGUGAAGAAAGGACAUCAGCACAGAAAAGGUUGGAAGAUGAAGAUGCUGUUGUCUGCCGGGCUAGUACCGAUGGACGACGCCUUGGAAGAGAGAGAUUAUCAGAGAGCAGCGCCUCGGAAGAAAGCGAUUACUCGUCGGAGUCCUCAGAGAGCUUCGAUGACUCGUCUUCCGACCUCAGUUCACAACAUGAUGACACGGAGGAGGAUGAGGAGGAGGAUGACAGGAGUGAUGACAAAUGCAUUGUGAUAUCUUCUGAUGAAGAGUCGGUGGAGCUGGAGCUCAUUGCGACUCCCACUGCUCCUCUAACACCUGGAGCACAGCUGGAGCUGGACUUGGAGGACUGGUUAGAGUCACGGCGUAGGGAUCAGACGGAGCAGAACUGUACAGCCGGCCUCCAAGGGAGCAGCGAUGUGGACUCCAUGGUGGAGCUGCAGCACUGUGACCAUUCAGACUCAGAGCUCAUUUCACCUAUUGGACUGGAAGCAGAGCCAGGUCUCUGUGUGCAAUCGAGAUGCCGUGCCUGGACUCCAGAGUCUGUGGAGGGCAUAGAUGACCUGAGGCCUCUCACUCCCACUGGCAGCUUGGUGGACAGUGACCCUGACAAUCUGAUCAAAAGCAAACCGGCGUCUCCAGCACCUCUGGAUGAAGUGGAGAGGCCACCCACACCAGGCAAGGGGAUCGCUGCCAAACUGAUCGAUUUGGACUCGGAUGAAGCCAGUGAAGUCAUGUCUCUCUCCCCAGAAAGUAGUGAUGUUCUUCUAGCUUCUUCCCACUUCCCACCUGCCUCCUACCCAUCGUACGAGGAGAAGCCUAAAACUCCUGGGAGGGAGGAAAGCGGUGGAUGGACUUACAGCAGUAUGUCAACAAUUGGUCAAACGACAGGAACUUUCGAGGGAAACACAGUUUUUUCACCUCUCUGCAGCCCUCCAGACGUUCUACCACUGUCGAGCAAUCCGUAUAUCACUCCCCCAAAAACUCCUGGAAGGGACAUCUUCUUACCUAGAAGAGACAUCGUCCACAGGAGGAAGACACAGAUGUCUCUUCCUUUGUUAUGUGACAGCCUUCUUCGUGUUUCUCCCCUCCCUAUAUCCUCUCCAUCCAGUCUUUCUGAAUCUUCGUUUGACUCUGCCGAUGGAAACUGUGUACGCAUGGGCUCAGGUGUGAGAACAAAACCCUUGCAGGGACUGGAGAAUAUGCCGGGGCUUUAUAAUGACGUCAAACCCUCAUCGAGGCAAAAACUGUUGAGGAGGCUGAGGCGGAGAAAGAGGGCCCGCCUUCGUCAAAGAUUGUUUAAGGGAAUAAAUUGGUGGUGUCAGGAUCAUCGCCUGAGGAGACGUUCACAGUGUGAGGAGUAUAAUAUCCUGCAUAACAUCUGUAGGGACGGUUUGGACGAAGAGGAUGCCAGACAUCUACAGAGUACCUAUGAAAGGCUGCAGGAGCAGGAUAACAGUGCUGGGUGGCUCAGUGACACUUUCUGGAUUCCUCAUCCUCAUAUCCUUUUUGUUCUCCAUAAGAGAUUAUCAGAGAGCAGCGCCUCGGAAGAAAGCGAUUACUCGUCGGAGUCCUCAGAGAGCUUCGAUGACUCGUCUUCCGACCUCAGUUCACAACAUGAUGACACGGAGGAGGAUGAGGAGGAGGAUGACAGGAGUGAUGACAAAUGCAUUGUGAUAUCUUCUGAUGAAGAGUCGGUGGAGCUGGAGCUCAUUGCGACUCCCACUGCUCCUCUAACACCUGGAGCACAGCUGGAGCUGGACUUGGAGGACUGGUUAGAGUCACGGCGUAGGGAUCAGACGGAGCAGAACUGUACAGCCGGCCUCCAAGGGAGCAGCGAUAUGGACUCCAUGGUGGAGCUGCAGCACUGUGACCAUUCAGACUCAGAGCUCAUUUCACCUAUUGGACUGGAAGCAGAGCCAGGUCUCUGUGUGCAAUCGAGAUGCCGUGCCUGGACUCCAGAGUCUGUGGAGGGCAUAGAUGACCUGAGGCCUCUCACUCCCACUGGCAGCUUGGUGGACAGUGACCCUGACAAUCUGAUCAAAAGCAAACCGGCGUCUCCAGCACCUCUGGAUGAAGUGGAGAGGCCACCCACACCAGGCAAGGGGAUCGCUGCCAAACUGAUCGAUUUGGACUCGGAUGAAGCCAGUGAAGUCAUGUCUCUCUCCCCAGAAAGUAGUGAUGUUCUUCUAGCUUCUUCCCACUUCCCACCUGCCUCCUACCCAUCGUACGAGGAGAAGCCUAAAACUCCUGGGAGGGAGGAAAGCGGUGGAUGGACUUACAGCAGUAUGUCAACAAUUGGUCAAACGACAGGAACUUUCGAGGGAAACACAGUUUUUUCACCUCUCUGCAGCCCUCCAGACGUUCUACCACUGUCGAGCAAUCCGUAUAUCACUCCCCCAAAAACUCCUGGAAGGGACAUCUUCUUACCUAGAAGAGACAUCGUCCACAGGAGGAAGACACAGAUGUCUCUUCCUUUGUUAUGUGACAGCCUUCUUCGUGUUUCUCCCCUCCCUAUAUCCUCUCCAUCCAGUCUUUCUGAAUCUUCGUUUGACUCUGCCGAUGGAAACUGUGUACGCAUGGGCUCAGGUGUGAGAACAAAACCCUUGCAGGGACUGGAGAAUAUGCCGGGGCUUUAUAAUGACGUCAAACCCUCAUCGAGGCAAAAACUGUUGAGGAGGCUGAGGCGGAGAAAGAGGGCCCGCCUUCGUCAAAGAUUGUUUAAGGGAAUAAAUUGGUGGUGUCAGGAUCAUCGCCUGAGGAGACGUUCACAGUGUGAGGAGUAUAAUAUCCUGCAUAACAUCUGUAGGGACGGUUUGGACGAAGAGGAUGCCAGACAUCUACAGAGUACCUAUGAAAGGCUGCAGGAGCAGGAUAACAGUGCUGGGUGGCUCAGUGACACUUUCUGGAUUCCUCAUCCUCUGACUAAGGUCCCGACGGAGAGCGGUGAGGAAAGCCAGGGGCAGCCGGUCCACAGGACGGGCUGCGCUCGCAGUGAAGGUUUCUACAGAAUCAGCAGGAAGGACAAGAUAAAAUAUCUCCUGGACACCAAGCCUCCUGCUGACCUUCACUCUGCACUGGAUCAGGGUUUAUGCAUCCCCGUCCAGCAGCCCACUUCACUGAGAUCUGGAUCCGACUUCAGGUCUGAACAGCGCCGCCUGCUGUCCUCUUUCAGCUGCUAUAGCGACCUGGUUAAGUUCAACCAGCUGAAGUUUCGAAAGAAGAGGAUUCGUUUCAGUCGGAGUUUAAUCCAUGAGUGGGGCCUGUUCGCCAUGGAGCCCAUAGCAGCAGAUGAGAUGGUGAUUGAAUAUGUGGGGCAGCUCACCAGACAGGUCAUUGCAGACAUGAGGGAGCAGAGAUACGAGGAGGAAGGCAUCGGAAGCAGCUAUUUGUUCCGCGUUGACCAGGACGCCAUCAUUGAUGCUACCAAAUGUGGAAACUUAGCCAGGUUUAUCAACCACAGCUGUAAUCCUAACUGUUAUGCAAAGAUCAUCACAGUGGAGUCUCAGAAGAAGAUCGUGAUUUACUCCAGGCAGCCGAUUAGCGUCAAUGAAGAAAUUACGUAUGACUACAAGUUUCCCAUUGAAGACACAAAGAUUCCUUGUCUUUGUGGAGCCGAUAGCUGCAGAGGAUCCUUGAACUGAUCUCUAAUUAACUCUCCUUAUUAUGCAAAAAUCUCUGGGGUCCUGAAGUGCUCUCUCACUGGAUCAUAGCUGCUGUUUACAACUGCACAGUUGCUAAAAUCUCUGCAGACAGGUUGAUUAUGCACAGUAAAGAAAAGGCUUUUAAACUUGAUGAAAGGAAUGAAAAAAAGUAUUUGGAGCAUUAGUUUAUCUCUGUAUGCUUUGAAACAAUCAGCUGAAUAAACUGUACCAUGUGUAAAAUCUGGUAAAAUACAUUGUAUGUAUUUUUGGUUUUUGCUAUUAUGUGUGCCUUAAAAAUGCACAAAAUAAUGUAUUUUUGGCUCUUGAUAUGCCACGUGAUUUUGUACACAUGUUAAAUAUAUUAAAUAAACAAAGUCAAAAACG